AUCCCAUUGGUCAACUGGGAUGAAGUCAUCCUGGGGGCGGGACUCGGCGGCGGCGUGGGGGCGGAGCCUUGCCUGCGUACGCUCCUCGGAACUUGCUCUGCCUGAGUCGGGGUCUUUGCUGCGGCGACUGCGGUCGCGGCGGCGGUGCGGGCCAGAGAUUGGAGUGAACCACAGAUAUUUACUGACUACUCUGCCACCAUGGGGGAGCUUUUCCGGAGCGAGGAGAUGACCCUAGCCCAGCUAUUUCUACAGUCAGAAGCUGCUUAUUGUUGCGUCAGUGAAUUAGGAGAACUUGGAAAGGUUCAGUUUCGAGAUUUAAAUCCAGAUGUGAAUGUUUUUCAGAGGAAAUUUGUGAAUGAAGUUAGAAGAUGUGAAGAAAUGGAUCGAAAGCUUCGAUUUGUUGAGAAAGAGAUAAGAAAAGCAAACAUCCCAAUUAUGGACACUGGUGAAAACCCAGAGGUGCCCUUCCCCCGGGACAUGAUCGACUUAGAGGCCAAUUUCGAGAAGAUUGAAAAUGAGCUGAAGGAAAUCAAUACAAACCAGGAAGCUCUGAAGAGAAACUUCCUGGAACUGACUGAAUUAAAGUUUAUACUUCGCAAAACUCAGCAGUUUUUUGAUGAGGCUGAAUUGCAUCAUCAGCAGAUGGCGGAUCCAGACCUGUUGGAAGAAUCGUCAUCACUCUUGGAGCCAAAUGAGAUGGGAAGAGGCACGCCUUUAAGACUCGGCUUCGUGGCUGGUGUGAUUAACCGGGAGCGGAUCCCUACCUUUGAGCGAAUGCUUUGGCGAGUGUGCCGAGGGAAUGUGUUCCUGAGACAGGCUGAAAUCGAGAACCCGCUGGAGGAUCCUGUGACUGGUGACUACGUGCACAAGUCUGUAUUCAUCAUUUUUUUCCAAGGUGAUCAGCUGAAAAACAGGGUCAAGAAAAUCUGUGAAGGGUUCCGAGCCUCCCUCUAUCCCUGUCCUGAGACUCCACAGGAGAGAAAAGAAAUGGCUUCCGGAGUCAAUACCAGGAUCGAUGAUCUCCAGAUGGUUCUCAAUCAAACAGAGGACCACCGCCAGAGGGUUCUGCAGGCAGCUGCUAAGAACAUUCGGGUCUGGUUCAUCAAGGUGCGGAAGAUGAAGGCGAUCUACCAUACCCUGAACCUGUGCAACAUAGACGUGACCCAGAAGUGCCUGAUUGCAGAAGUGUGGUGCCCUGUCACUGACCUUGACUCCAUCCAGUUUGCACUUAGAAGAGGCACGGAACACAGUGGUUCUACGGUUCCUUCCAUUCUGAACAGGAUGCAGACAAAUCAGACUCCCCCAACGUACAACAAAACCAACAAGUUCACACACGGCUUCCAGAACAUAGUAGAUGCUUAUGGGAUUGGGACUUACCGAGAGAUAAACCCAGCUCCAUACACCAUCAUCACUUUCCCUUUUCUGUUUGCUGUGAUGUUUGGAGAUUUUGGCCACGGCAUUUUGAUGACCCUUUUUGCAGUGUGGAUGGUGUUGAGGGAGAGCCGGAUCCUCUCCCAGAAGAACGAGAAUGAGAUGUUCAGCACUGUGUUCAGCGGUCGAUACAUUAUUCUCCUGAUGGGACUAUUCUCCAUCUACACUGGUCUCAUCUACAAUGAUUGUUUCUCCAAGUCUCUGAAUAUCUUUGGGUCAUCGUGGAGUGUGCGGCCAAUGUUCACUCUAGGGAACUGGACGGAAGAGACACUUCUGGGGAGCUCUGUUCUCCAGUUGAACCCGGCUAUCCCUGGAGUUUUUGGUGGACCGUACCCAUUUGGCAUUGAUCCAAUUUGGAACAUCGCAACCAAUAAACUGACCUUCCUCAACUCCUUCAAGAUGAAGAUGUCUGUUAUUCUUGGGAUCAUCCACAUGCUGUUUGGAGUCAGCCUGAGCCUUUUUAACCACAUCUAUUUCAAGAAGCCCUUGAACAUCUACUUUGGUUUUAUUCCUGAAGUAAUUUUCAUGUCCUCCUUGUUUGGCUACCUGGUCAUCCUUAUCUUUUACAAGUGGACAGCCUACGAUGUCCACUCAUCUAAGACUGCACCAAGCCUCCUGAUCCACUUCAUAAACAUGUUCCUCUUCUCCUACCCAGAGUCUGGUAAUGCAAUGCUGUACUCUGGACAGAAAGGGAUACAGUGUUUCCUCAUCGUGGUCGCCAUGCUUUGUGUCCCUUGGAUGCUGCUGUUUAAGCCACUGAUCUUGCGCCAUCAGUAUCUGAGGAAGAAGCAUCUGGGAACUCUCAACUUUGGUGGGAUCAGGGUGGGCAACGGACCCACAGAGGAGGAUGCUGAGAUAAUUCAGCAUGACCAGCUCUCCACCCACUCAGAGGACGCAGAAGAGUUUGACUUUGCGGACACCAUGGUCCACCAGGCCAUCCACACCAUCGAGUACUGCCUGGGCUGCAUCUCCAACACUGCCUCCUACCUGCGACUGUGGGCCCUCAGCCUGGCGCAUGCACAGCUCUCGGAAGUACUUUGGACCAUGGUGAUCCACAUCGGCCUGCAUGUUCGGAGUCUGGCUGGAGGGUUCGCACUGUUCUUCAUCUUCACCGCCUUUGCCACCCUGACUGUGGCCAUCCUGCUGAUUAUGGAGGGUCUCUCAGCCUUCCUCCACGCAAUCCGGUUACACUGGGUGGAAUUCCAGAAUAAAUUCUAUGCCGGGGCCGGUUUCAAGUUCCUCCCCUUCUCCUUUGAGCAUAUUCGGGAGGGGAAGUUUGAUGAGUGAAUCCUCAGCAGGGCUCGUGCCCAGAGCAGCUCCCCUGCUUGCCUCCAUGGUGAUUCUCUGUGUUCCUUUUGCCUGUUGGUUGUGAUCCCUGGGUACCAGGGCGUUUGUGUCACCCCUGCCAGCCUGUCCCCGCCGUGAGUCAUUUAGGUAGGUGCUGGCCUUCCCUGGGUCUCCACCCCAAGCCUUGUACGUAAUGUAGAUUUCCUAGGGAGACUUGGAUGGCUGUGCCUGAUACCCAUCCAUCCCAACAACACCAGUCUUGGCCUCCUGGCCUCCGGACAGACAGCCCUAUUCUACUCCUUGCUGGUGAGCCAACCUGCAUAGUCACAUGGGUGUGCAGAGCCCUCAGGAUGAAAGGGGUCCCUCUUCAGUCCCGAGUUCUUGGUCACACCUAGGAAGAGGAUCAAAACUGGUUUCCUCCUAGUAGGGGACAUGGUUUAUGGAAUAUAUCCCACUCCAGUUAGCAGGGACAGUCAGGAAGAUGCUCUUGUCAGCCUUUGCCCACGCCUUUCCAGUUAGUAUUAAGAGGGAAUUCAGAUGGCCCCAUCUGGGCCAUCUUCUCCUUGUCAUCCCAAAGGUCCCAGGAUAACCAGCACCACCCUCCUCUCCAGCCCUGUUGGCCCAGCAUAGCAUCCCUGGAAAGGGAAAGUCUAAUCAACUUGUGCACAGGGCUUCCCGACCUUAGAUUACCUUCUACCCAGUCUGCAUGAAUGGGCCUUGCCCCACACUACAUCCCAGGGCAGAGGUUAAAAUUGGCACUCUCCUAGUGCAGCUCUGAGACCUUUCCCGUCCUGAUCAUGAUGUCCUGAGGCUGUGGUCAGUAAGGUUGGUUCUGCCGGCAGGCCUGCCUUGAUUUGCCCACUGAUAGUUCCUCCCAACUCCCACAAUGACCCCAGGUUUCAGGAGUCGAAUCCCUGGCAGGAAAGGUCAGUGCCAUUUACAAUUUGCUAAUUGAAUGUGCCUGACUGGUAGGCUUCUGGCACAGGUGUGGUGAGCGCUGUUCAGGCCUGCCAAGCCCCUGUCACCCACCUUGUGUACCCCUGGCUGUGGAUCUCAAACCCUUCUAAUCAUGUGCUGACCCAGCAGCCCUGGCUGCUCCCUCAAUUCACCCACUGCCUUCUCUGGGAGGCAAUGCUAAAUCAGCAAGGCCCAUCCCCUCCUCCCACCCUGGCACCCAGAGAGCUGCUCAAACACUUGCCCAGGCAGGGCUGGCCCACUGUGACCUUGUCCUGAACCCCUCUCCUUUUGUGUCCAGUUUACAUGAAGACCUUUGCUCUGUUUACAGUGAGGCCUGAAGCUGAGCUCUUUGUCAGAGGCCCUGCUCAAAGCCUUCUGUUCAAACAUUCUCAUGCUGAAUAAAGUGUGUUUGACUCUCACA